AUGUCAGAACAUGACCCGCGGCGUCCGUUACACCCGGUGCUGGAGCAAGACGAUCGACGUGCUCGAGGAGGCGACCGCGAAAGAGAACUAGGAAUCGCGCUCAAGGUGGUCAUCCUCGAGGAAUACCACAAGAACCUCUCCAGGCUGAGGCUGAGGCUGUUGGUCACGAUGAUGGUCAUCAAGCGGCAAGACCAUAUGCUAUCUAACAGGCAGAAUGCGCUCAUCGGGGAGCUCCAUGGUCUCGCUGAAGUUCGCACGCCCCUUCCGCACUCCCGUCACUCGCUCACCUUCGUUCUCUGA